UAUGCCAGAUGGCCAGUCCAGCCGUGAUUAUGAGUACUGCUGUAGUAUUGAAAUGUCGAUAUGGUGAUGAUGGAGCGAGGAAGUUCACCUUUGGAAGAUGAUGCACAUAGGCCAUUGGUUUUUCAGAAGUGAAUACCUGCUGGUGACCACUUGCUUGACUGGAAAUGAAGUUCCGACUCCCAUGGUUUGAGGUAACCAGAGGGGCAAUCCAAUCUGUCCGAGAGAAUUCAGGCGAUCAAUAUCUGGACACAAAGGCCUUCUGUGCAUUGCAGCAAAGACAUUGGACCAAAUAGAAGCAUAUUGCUAGCACUGCUGUUAGACAUUUUAUGUUUUCUGACAUCAGCCACCAUCAUCACCACCAAGUGUCUUUUUUUGCCUGUCUCAUUGGCAAAAUGUACUAUAGGAUGAUGACUUACAAAAAAAGAGGUGACCUUUCUUUGAAAUGGCAAGGUGUCCUAGAGUAAUCAGUCAUGACUUGAAUAAAAAAAAUUAUAGAAAUAAAUUUUCAUUUUAUUAGGGUGUUGUUGUCACAUUAACGACUGGGAGUUAACCACCUGUUGGUAGGCUUGUGAAAUGCUCCAGUCUAUCUGGUAAGAUUAAAAGAGUAUUUAGCGCGUGUGAGUGGUCAACAACGUUUCAAGAAUUGGUCAUGACCUGAGUUUGUUUUCCAACCUUAAGGCAAAAGUGUCUUCAAUCCUCUUGCCUUUUUUAUCAGCGACUGAGUGAAGACCAAUUAAUGAUUCAAAGGGAGGUCUGACGGCGCAGCUCUAGUCCGUAUAAAAAUGCCUGCACAUCGCAGCAUCUAGUCAGUGUGGAUCUUGGCACUGAAGUUCAGACAGCCGUUUGACAAUAUCAGUGCAGUUUCGUGCGCGUUCAGUUGUUUUGUUUUUUAUAGAGAAUAGACAUGCUGAACAUAGAAAUGGCUAAACUUGCUGUCUUGGCAGUCAUCUUAUACGUUCAGGUGGAAGGCUCAUUUGGGUCUUUGGAGGAUGACCGGGAUAUUUGGUCACUGGAAAGCUGGCAGGAGGAUCCAUCGGACAGUGGCGUUGCCAUGCGUAUUGCUGAUCUCAUGAAGAGGUCGAAGUCUCAUCAGUUCCAUGGAUUGAUGGGCAGAAGUUCUGAUGUCCAACCUGUGCGUCUUGGUCGAAAACGUAAUAAAGGGGAGAUGUUUGUCGGUCUGAUGGGCAGGAGGUCUUCGAGUGGAGAGGUACAAAGGGAAUGGGAGAAACCACCAAACUACUACUAAAGAUGCCACGGACGGACUUGAAACACCUAAAGCUAGACAAUUCUCUCUACAAAAUCUGACCAAUACGCAGCCGGUCAUUAUUCCAAUACAAUGUUAAUCCUUACAUAAAAAGACAGCCACGGUCUAAGGUGCAUUUUAUAAAUGAACGUGAAUCUGUAUAGGUCUGCACAACUGUCAUAUCCGUGCAAAUCUAAAUGAUCAGAUUAUAUUUGUAAAUAAUAAGGUAUGAACUGAUGAACAGAGAAGGAUGUCUGAUUUCCAAUACUAACAAUAACCUGUUUGUCUUUAUUUGGGUGACAUAUUUACUUUCUUUCUUGGGUAACAUGUUUACUUUCUUGUUUGCACUUUCGUUUCACUUACAUACUACAUCACUGAUUAAAUGUACUGGCUUUAUCAACAGAUUCAAUAUUGUUGGACUAUAAUGAUUAAAAAAUAUUUUUUGUUCUCCAAAACCUUGUGUAUUGCAUUAUUCUCAUUGAA